GCGCCUCCAAUCACUGAACCCAUUAGAGUACAUGCAUCUUAGAGACAUCCCCCUAAACACUUACUUAAGCUCAAUUCCAACACAAACCUUAGGGGUAACACCCAGAAACAGGAGACACAACUCAACAGAACGGAUUGUAAACACAUCUUCUACUCCGAAAGAGUAGUCAAAUACCAAAAUUCGCCACCGGCUGAGUUAGUUCAAGCGACUUCCCAUGAGUCUUUUAAGAGAAAACUUGACAUAUUCUUAAGGACUAAGGACAGUAUCUCACUAUGACUUACCAACUUUGUUUCUUUUUCCUCUUUUAUCGAUAAUAUACCUAGGUUCCUGCCUGGAGGUAUCGGUGAUUCACUGCCGCUAGAUAUGGAAGCCCGUUAAACGAAAGCUCCAACUAUUCCAUACAGAACCAUUUGAACAAUCUGGACGUUUAACCUUUGCGCUACCAAUUUCUAGUUUAAACCGUCCGAGUGUUUUGGUCUCGCUCGUGUUACUGCUAAUUAUUUCAGAUCUUCAUAACUUGGUUUAAGUGUAUUCUAUUUGUUCACUCUGUUUUUCGCAUUCUCCAGCACACUGCGUCGCUUCAAACAAGACGCAAAAUUACCAGACGUUAAAUGUCAUAAUGCCAAUAAACCUGCCUCACAUCUUACAUCAAAUUGAAGAAGCAUGUAAAGCAUCCUCAUCUAACCAAAAACUUUGUCGCUUGGUCGCAGUUUCGAAAGAAAAACCUAUCAAGUCUAUUAUAGAAGCUUAUAAUUUUGGACAAAGACAUUUUGGAGAGAACAAGAUUGUUCAUUUGUAUGACAAGAGUUACUCACCUGAGUUAAUUAAGUCUUGUCCGGACAUUAAGUGGCACUUCAUAGGCCGGAUUCAAUCCAAUAAAAUAAAAAAGCUUGCCGGAGUUAACAAUCUAUACAUGGUAGAAUCUGUGGACUCAAUGGACCAUGCUGAGAUUCUUAAUUUAUCAUGGGGGUUAAACCAUCAGAUCCCUCUAAACAUAAUGAUUCAGGUGAACACAAGUGGAGAGCCUCGUAGUUCUACUUUAUUGCAUAACUCAGUUUUUAGAGAAGAGUGGCAUCAAACCCACUGAAGUUAAUAAUCUGUACAAUCAAAUUGAAGCAAAAUGCCCUAACUUAAAAGUCGUUGGUCUUAUGUGCAUUGGAAAAGAAGGAGUAGAUAUCAAUUCAGGUCCGAAUCCGGACUUUGUGAGAGUUACUGGCCUCGUCUUUGGGGAAAUCGCCGUUGGAUUUUGAACUAAGUAUGGGAAUGUCUCACGAUUUUGAGCAGGCUAUACGACUUGGAAGCACUAACGUCCGCAUAGGAACGGCAAUAUUUGGGCAGCGAGACUCGAAAUACGUACCCAGACAGGAUACCUCUGCAAACAAUCAAACUCCCAUUUGAUAUUCUAUCAGUUUUGUUCAAACUAUCAUUAUUUGGCUUUCAUCACUUCACGUAUAGUAGCCAGUUUUUUGCAUAUUGUUGAACUCGUUUUGUUCCAUAAAUAUUUUUUGAAUUACUUAGUUAAUAAAGAAAUGAUACAAAUUUAA